UUAAGAUUAUGCAUAAAAUUGGCGCCAACUCGACGACGCCUAUUAUGUUUAAUCACAGACUUCUAUAUAAUACACAUAUAGAAGUCUGUUUGUUUAAUAAACGUGUAUCUAAUAUUUUGAUUGAACUUGUUCGCAGUGUCUGAUAAAAUAAUCGCGAUAUCACAUAAUGGUUCGACGAAAAUCCGUACCCAGAACAUUUCCAUCUGAAGCGGAAGGAACAGAAAGAAACAGGACAAAUGUAAUAGUGAACAAACGCAAAAGGAAAAGCCGCGUACUGCAAGAAAUUAAGCAUCUAAGGAGGACUACGCACUUUCUUAUACCCAGACUGCCUUUCUCACGAUUAAUCAGACAAAUUAUGCUGGACUUAUUUCCAAGACAAGAAAUCAACAAGAUACAAGCUACUGCCCUCGAAGCCUUACAAGAGGCAACAGAGAUGUACAUCGUACAAUUCUUCGAAGAUGCAUUACUGUUGGCGUUGCACGCCAAACGGGUUACUCUUAUGCGACACGAUAUGGUUUUAAUGCGCAGAUUGAGAGGCCGCUCAGAUAUUAUCAAUAGAUAAAAAUCUUAUAUUUUUUAGGACUCCUCAGCACCACUCUUCACAUCUUCAUCCAGAAGACCAUCCAGACUGCGUGACCUCGGUCUGGGUCUAGGAAGCGGUGGUCGUUGAACGAUCGCAGAGGAGACCGACAUCUUUCGUUCCUGUUCCUGCUGAUCCAGCAGUUCCAAAGAACGGGAACGCGUCGAUGGCGAAGAAGGCUGCCUUGGCGGUCUGCGAGGUACUGCCGAAACA